ACACGCCCACACACACACACACGCAUACAUACAUACACACACACACGCAUACACACACACACACGCAGUGUUGCUCAGAGCAGCAGGCUGGUCCGGUGGUGUAACGCAGUGUAACGUGUUGAGCGGGUGUGUUGGGUGUGUUGGGGGUGAUGGGGGUGAUGGCUUUAUCAGUGAGGAGUGUGAGGUCUCUGCUCGCAGUCCGGAGUGUGAUCUCCCGGAAGUGUUCACUCGGAGUGCACACAGGAGUGAGAGUGAUGGACAGCAAUAAGGGUCUCCUGUUCCGCCAGCUGUUUGAGUCCUCCAGCAGUACCUACACAUACCUGCUGGCAGACGUGAGUUCUCGGGAGGCCGUGCUGAUUGACCCGGUUCUGGAGACGGUAGAUCGGGACGUGAAGCUGAUUGAGGAGCUCGGGCUUAAACUGACUGUGGCAGCGAACACACACUGCCAUGCGGAUCAUGUGACAGGAACUGGACUGCUGAAGAAGCGCAUAUUCGGGGUGAAGAGCGCGAUAUCAAAACACAGUGGAGCGCGUGCCGACAUCCUGCUGUCAGAAGGAGACAGCAUUACUUUCGGAAAAUACUGUGUGACGGUGAGAGAGACUCCAGGACACACAGAUGGGUGUGUGACGUUUGUGACAGGAGACGAUUCGAUGGCCUUCACUGGAGAUGCACUGCUGAUCAGAGGCUGCGGGAGAACCGACUUCCAACAAGGCUGUGCCAAGAAACUGUACCAGUCUAUCCAUGAGAAGAUCUUCACUUUACCGGGACACUGUCUGGUUUAUCCUGCACACGACUACAAAGGACAGACUGUGUCCACAGUGGAGGAGGAGAGAAAGUUUAACCCGAGAUUAACUCGCUCGCAGGAGGAGUUUGUGGAAAUCAUGAACAAUCUGAAUCUCCCGAAACCGGCCAAGAUUGAUGUGGCCGUUCCUGCUAACCUGGUGUGCGGUCUUCAUGAUGUUUGAGGAGGAAAUAUAUUUGAAUUACUUUAACGUUUGGAAAACAGACAAAUGUCAUUUUAUUAGAUACAGAUAUUAGAUUAAUGUACACACACUCACUCUCUCUCUCACACACUGGCUCAUACAGUGUCUUCUAUUAAAGAAAAUGUUUCUUCUAUUAAAGCGUUUUGUGAUGAUUAUAUUAUAUAAUUACGUAAUAAUUCAUGUGAUUAGAAUGUAAACAUGUUCAGUUCUCAUUAAUCCUAAAUAAAGAGUUUCUGAAAGUG